UGGAAGGUGGCGUCACAAGGCUUUGCCUGCAACGGUCCUCGUUCUUCGUCUCCCGUCCUUCGUCGACAUCUCUCGUCCUCGAACGCUCACCAGUUGACUGUUACCGUAGCAGAUAGUCGAUCCCGCUGGUGAACAUGGGGCGCGCUUUUUGUAUUCCCGCAGUGUUCUUUUUCUUCGCAGCUUUCGUCCUCCUAUUCAUCGUUUCCGUAUCUCUUCCCUACCUGACUGCUAUGGAUAUCACCCGUGUCCAUGCAGAUGGAAGCACUGAAUUGUCUGCUGCAAACGACACGAUCAGCCAGCUCAGAUUCGGUAUAUGGGCAUACUGCUACGACCUCACCAAUGGAAACAGAGUUUGCAGCACUACAGGUCACGGCUACUCCGUCGUUGUCAACGCUACCAACAAUUCGGUGACGAUUGGUUCAUCGUGGACCCGCGGCCUUGCCGUGCAUCCUGUCGCGGCGGGAGUAGCGUUCAUCGCGUUGCUGCUCGCCCUCUCCCAGCAUAUCACUGUCACUCUUUUUGCGUCCCUUGUCGGAUUUCUUGCUGCUCUCCUGGCGUUCAUUGCCUUCAUCAUUGAUGUUGCUCUCUUUGCGUAUGUCAAGGAUCAAAUGGGCAAUCUCGGCUUCGGCGGAAGUACCAUUACCGGCCCUGGUUUCUGGUUGACAUUCACCUCGAUGAUCCUCCUUGUUCUCGGUGGCUGUACCGUUUGCUUUGGUCGCCGGCGUAGAAGGAUGGCUAACGCAACCUCCACAUCGACCAGCCCCAAGGAGGGAUUCUUCAGCAGGUUCAGGCGGAACUAGGAAUUGUUCAUUCAUUUUUAUGUGUAUGUUCAUCGUCUUAAACGAAUGGCACGGC